CAAGACAGAAAUUCCAUCCUAGAUUCCUAAGAUCAAGGUCUCCUUUCUUCACUUGUUCAAAGAUUUCUCUCUUAUUUACUCAAGUGAAUAAGCAUGAUCAAUCCCAAGAAACUUAUCAAGAUGGCAAGGAAGUGGCAGAAGAUGGCUGCUAUGAGGAGGAAGAGAAUCUCUCUACCAAGAACAGAUGAGGUUUUGGAUGCUGAUAGAUGUAGUACAUCAUCAGUGGCAGAUAAGGGCCAUUUUGUUGUUUGCAGUGCUGACAAGAAACGCUUUGUGAUUCCAUUAGUGUAUCUCAACAAUGAAAUCUUCAGAGGGCUUUUGCAAGUGUCUGAGGAGGAGUUUGGGAUACAAAUUACAGGCCCCAUCAUAUUGCCAUGUGAUUCAGUCUUUAUGGACUAUAUGAUCUCAAUCAUCCAACGUGGUGUUGCAAAAGAUUUGGAGAGGGCCUUGAUCUUAUCUAUAGAUUCCAGUUACUGCUCAUCCUCCUCAUACUUCCAUCAAGAACAGAACAAUGAGCAAUUACUAUUAUGUGCAUGCUGAAGAAAUCAUACUUAAACUUUGUAAUGAUUCACAAAAUUUUAGUCUAAUGGGAAUUUUCAGGUCAUUUUCUUCA